AUGCUGGGCCAGUAUGAACCGCGCGACAGGCAGGGCCUGCGUCGCGCCUCUAUUAAGCCGUACUCUACAGCAGCGAACAAUAUGUCUGGUUACCAAGGUGGUCACCACGACCAGUACGACCAAGGCUACGGCCAGGCCGGACAUGGUGAUGGCUAUUAUCAAGAUGACCAGUACUACGACCAUGGUGCUCAUGGCGACCAAGGGGCUCAUGUCGAUCAUGGUGCCCACGGCGAUCAUGGUGCGCAUGGUGCCCAAGGCGAUGGCUACUAUGAUGAAUCCGGAUACUAUCACGCCGAUGCCAACAACCCGUAUCACCAAGACGGAGGCUACUAUGAUGGACACGACCAGUAUCAAGAUGACUACUACAACAACAACCAGGGCUACUAUGAUGGCGACUAUAGUCAGGGAUACGCUCAAGGCGGUCGUCAUCCGUCUGAGGAAGAAUCUGAGACAUUUAGCGAUUUCACCAUGAGAUCUGACAUGGCUCGCGCUGCCGAAAUGGAUUAUUACGGCCGUGGUGAUGAGCAAUACAAUGGAUACGGAGAAGGCGGUCGUGGAUACCGCCCGCCGUCCUCGCAGAUGUCUUACGGCGGUAACAGAUCUUCUGGUGCCUCAACCCCCAACUACGGCAUGGAAUAUGGCAAUGGCUUGCCAAGCCAGCGCUCCAAGGAGCCAUAUCCCGCCUGGACGUCCGACGCUCAGAUUCCGCUUUCAAAGGAAGAGAUUGAAGACAUUUUCCUCGAUCUUACCUCGAAGUUCGGAUUCCAACGAGACAGCAUGCGCAACAUGUAUGACCAUCUCAUGACACUUCUGGACUCCAGAGCUUCUCGUAUGACACCUAACCAGGCGCUUCUGUCUCUUCAUGCCGACUACAUUGGAGGUGAUAAUGCCAACUACCGCAAAUGGUACUUUGCUGCGCAUCUCGACCUUGAUGAUGCUGUUGGCUUUGCCAAUGCCUCUACCAAGAACAGAAAGCGCAAGGCGAAGAAGAGCAAAAAGAAGGGGGCUGAAUCUGGGAACGAGGCGGAGACUCUGCAAGAACUCGAAGGUGAUGAUAGUCUUGAAGCCGCGGAGUAUCGCUGGAAGACACGCAUGAACCGUAUGUCUCAGUUUGACCGCGUUCGCCAGAUCGCACUUUACCUGCUCUGUUGGGGCGAAGCCAACCAGGUCCGCUUUAUGCCCGAGUGCCUCUGCUUCAUCUUCAAGUGUGCGGACGACUACCUGAACUCGCCGGCCUGCCAAGCUCUUGUGGAGCCAGUCGAGGAGUUCACCUUCUUGAACAAUGUCAUCACACCACUGUAUCAGUACUGUCGUGACCAGGGAUACGAGAUUCUCAACGGCGUUUACGUUCGCAGAGAACGCGAUCACAAACACAUCAUCGGCUACGAUGAUUGCAACCAGCUUUUCUGGUACCCUGAAGGCAUCGAACGUCUCGUUCUCGAGGAUAAAAGCAAACUCGUCGACAUACCUCCCGCUGAACGCUACCUCAAGUUGAAAGAGGUCAACUGGAAGAAAUGUUUUUUCAAAACUUACAAAGAAUCCCGCUCUUGGUUCCAUUUGCUGCUCAACUUCAACCGUAUCUGGGUUAUCCAUCUGACGAUGUUCUGGUUCUACACCUCACACAAUGCUCCGUCGCUUAUUACCUACAAGUACGAGCAGCAGAAGGACAAUCAGCCACCUGCCUCGAAGCAGUUUUCCAUUGUUGGUUUUGGUGGAGCUAUCGCGUCACUUAUCCAAAUCCUUGCGACGUUGGCCGAGUGGGUGUAUGUUCCACGCCGUUGGGCCGGAGCACAGCAUCUCACUAAGCGACUGUUGUUCUUAAUUGUCAUUCUCGUUCUCAACGUCGGACCCGGUGUCAAAGUCUUCAUGUUUCACGGAAACGGCAAGGAAACGGAUCCGGACAAGAGGAAUAAGGAUACCCCUAUCGAUAAGGCUCUCGGCAUCGUACACUUCGUCAUUGCUAUUUUCACGUUCCUCUUCUUCUCUGUCAUGCCUCUUGGCGGCCUGUUUGGCAGUUAUUUGACCAAGAAAUCUCGACGUUAUGUGGCGAGCCAGACCUUUACAGCCAGCUACCCUCGCCUAACUGGUAACGAUAUGGCAAUGUCGUUUGGAUUGUGGCUCACCGUCUUCGGUGCUAAAUUUGGCGAAUCCUACGUCUAUCUUACUCUCUCAUUCCGUGAUCCAAUUCGAUACCUCUCGAUUAUGGAGAUUGACUGCUUGGGCGACAAGAUGUUCGGAGCAUCGGCCGAUAUUUUGUGCAAACAUCAGCCUACGAUCGUCCUCAUACUCAUGACUUUCACCGAUUUGAUCUUCUUCUUCCUGGACACUUAUCUUUUCUAUGUCAUCUUGAAUACCGUGUUCUCCAUCGCACGAUCUUUCUACAUCGGUUCCUCGAUCUGGACACCUUGGCGAAACAUCUUUUCGAGACUACCAAAGCGUAUCUACUCGAAGGUGCUUGCAACGACUGACAUGGAGAUCAAAUACAAACCUAAGGUACUGAUUUCCCAAGUCUGGAACGCCAUCAUCAUCUCAAUGUAUCGUGAGCAUUUACUUGCAAUCGAUCACGUGCAAAAACUGCUCUACCAUCAAGUACCCUCUGAGCAGGAAGGCAAGCGGACUCUUCGAGCGCCGACCUUUUUCGUCUCCCAAGAAGAUCACUCUUUCAAGACGGAAUUCUUCCCAAGCCACAGCGAGGCUGAACGCCGCAUAUCAUUCUUUGCUCAGUCCCUUUCUACGCCGAUCCCUGAACCUGUACCGGUUGAUAAUAUGCCCACUUUCACUGUCAUGAUCCCGCACUACAGCGAAAAGAUUCUUCUCUCCUUGCGAGAAAUCAUUCGCGAGGAUGAGCCUUACUCCCGUGUAACACUUCUGGAAUAUCUGAAGCAGCUGCAUCCACAUGAAUGGGAAUGCUUCGUCAAGGACACAAAGAUUUUGGCAGAUGAAACGGCCCAAAUGAAUGGUGAACCGGAGAAGAGUGAAAAGGACACGGCGAAGAGCAAAAUCGACGAUUUGCCUUUCUACUGCAUCGGAUUCAAGUCUUCUGCCCCGGAGUACACCCUUCGCACUCGUAUCUGGGCAUCCUUGCGUUUCCAAACUCUGUACCGCACGGUUUCUGGCUUCAUGAAUUAUAGCCGCGCCAUCAAACUGCUCUAUCGUGUCGAAAACCCCGAGGUUGUCCAGAUGUUCGGCGGAAAUUCGGAAAAACUAGAGCGAGAACUGGAAAGAAUGGCCCGCCGCAAGUUCAAGCUUGUUGUUUCUAUGCAACGCUACUCGAAAUUCAAAAAGGAGGAAAUGGAGAAUGCUGAGUUUCUACUUCGCGCCUACCCAGAUCUCCAAAUUGCCUACCUGGAUGAAGAGCCCCCCCUGUCUGAAGGUGAAGAGCCUCGUCUGUACUCGGCGCUUAUUGAUGGGCACUCGGAAAUCAUGGAGAAUGGCAUGCGGCGGCCGAAAUUUCGCGUUCAGCUCUCUGGUAACCCGAUUCUGGGUGAUGGCAAAUCCGACAAUCAAAACCAUGCCAUCAUCUUCUACCGUGGUGAAUACAUUCAGCUCAUCGACGCCAACCAGGACAACUAUUUGGAAGAAUGUCUGAAGAUUCGCAGUGUUCUCGCUGAAUUUGAGGAGAUGAAGCCUGAUAACCAUUCUCCUUACACCCCUGGAGUGAAGAACGACGUACAUACCCCUGUCGCUAUCCUUGGUGCUCGUGAAUAUAUCUUCUCAGAGAACAUUGGCAUUCUUGGAGACGUCGCUGCCGGAAAGGAACAGACCUUCGGUACUCUGUUUGCUCGUACCAUGGCACAGAUAGGUGGCAAACUUCACUACGGCCAUCCAGACUUCCUGAACGGUAUCUUUAUGACAACACGUGGCGGAGUAUCGAAGGCUCAAAAGGGACUGCACUUGAACGAAGACAUUUUCGCAGGCAUGAAUGCACUUGUUCGUGGUGGACGGAUCAAGCACUGUGAAUACUAUCAGUGUGGUAAGGGUCGUGAUCUUGGAUUUGGUUCUAUUCUCAACUUCACAACCAAAAUUGGCACUGGCAUGGGAGAACAGUGGCUCUCGCGAGAGUACUACUACCUCGGUACUCAGCUUCCUCUUGACAGAUUUCUGUCCUUCUACUAUGCACACGCAGGGUUCCACGUCAACAACAUGUUCAUUAUGUUGUCGGUCCAGUCAUUCAUGCUGACGCUGAUGUCCAUUGGCGCCCUUCGCCAUGAAACUAUCCGCUGCGACUACAACCCGCAGAAGCCGAUUACGGAUGCGCUAUAUCCCACCAAAUGCUCUAACACGGAUGAGUUGAUGGGCUGGAUUUAUCGUUGCAUUAUCUCCAUUUUCUUCGUUUUCUUCAUCUCUUUCGUUCCGCUCAUUGUUCAAGAACUGACGGAGCGCGGUGUAUGGCGUGCAGCUUUACGUUUCAUUAAGCAGUUUUGCUCUCUGUCCCCAUUCUUCGAAGUGUUUGUCUGCCAGAUUUACGCCAACUCGGUUCAACAGGAUCUGGCAUUUGGUGGUGCACGAUAUAUUGGUACUGGUCGUGGCUUCGCAACAGCUCGCAUCCCUUUCGGCGUUUUAUAUUCGCGAUUUGCCGGACAGUCGAUCUACUUCGGUGCCAGACUCCUGAUGAUGCUUCUGUUUGCCACUUCCACCGCAUGGCAACCCGCUCUAACCUACUUCUGGAUCGUGCUGCUUGGCCUCAUUAUCUCACCCUUCCUGUACAACCCCCACCAGUUUGCCUGGACCGAUUUCUUUAUUGAUUACCGCGACUUCCUUCGAUGGCUGUCUCGAGGCAACUCGCGCUCGCACGCUUCUUCCUGGAUAACGUUUUGCCGACUGUCCCGCACCCGUAUCACAGGCUACAAGCGCAAGGUUAUGGGCGAUGCUUCAGCCAAGAUGUCUGCUGACGUUUCUCGGGCUGCUAUCGCCAACAUUUUCUUGACGGAAAUCCUUACACCACUGCUACUUGCUGCUACCACAACCGUUGCCUACCUGUUCGUCAAUGCACAAACUGGUGUGACAAAGAACGAAACGAAUACGACCGCGAAACCUGGCUUCACGAUUCAGGCCUCUGGCUCAUUGAUUCGAUUGGCAGUCGUGGCUUUUGCGCCUAUUGGCAUCAACGCCGGUGUUCUUGCAGCUAUGUUUGGAAUGGCAUGUUGUAUGGGACCAGUUCUAAACAUGUGCUGCAAGAAAUUUGGCCCUGUUCUCGCUGGUAUCGCCCACGGUGCGGCUGCCGUCUUCAUGAUCCUCUUCUUCGAGGUCAUGUAUGUUCUGGAAGGAUUCAAUUUCGCCAGAGCUCUUGCUGGCAUCAUUGCCGCGAUGUGUAUCCAGCGAUUCGUUUUUAAACUUAUUGUGUCUCUAGCGUUGACUCGAGAGUUCAAAACUGAUCAGUCCAACAUCGCUUUCUGGAACGGAAAAUGGUACUCAAUGGGCUGGCACUCUAUAUCACAACCAGCACGAGAGUUUCUAUGCAAGAUUACAGAACUCAGCAUGUUUUCUGCUGAUUUCAUCUUGGGGCAUUGGAUUUUAUUCAUGAUGGCCCCAUUGAUUCUGAUUCCUCAGAUUGACAAGAUACAUUCCAUGAUGCUCUUCUGGUUGCUGCCUAGUCGUCAGAUUCGUCCGCCCAUCUACUCCAUGAAGCAGUCAAAGCUACGCCGCAGACGUGUGAUUCGCUUUGCCAUUCUUUACUUUGUUCUACUUGUCAUUUUCCUGGCACUUGCCGUUGCUCCUGGUGUUAUCGGCAAGAAGGUGCUUGGCGAUACCAUUUUCGAUGCCAUAGGCAAGGGCGACGGCGUUGCCGGUCUGCGCCUCUUGCAGCCAUGGGGUUUGGACAACAACAACACCGAAGGCAAGACCGAAACUGGCACAAAGGCUAAUGGUGGUGAUGCAUCUGCGACAUCGACGGAUGAUUCUUCGAAGUUGCGUCUAUUCUAA